ACAAGCCCUGGGGUGCCCAUCCCGCCCCGUCCCCACCAGGACCCUGGGAGUGUCCCCAUCUCCCACGUUUCCCACCAGGCCCUGGGCGCGCCCGGUCCCUCCCCGGGCCCACCUCCUGCCCGGCCUUCCAGGAACUGCAGCCCCGGAGGCCGGGCUGGGCCCGCCCAUCCCUCAUCCUCCCAUAUAAGGCUGCAGCUCGGGCCAGGUCCGCAGACCCCGCGGAGAAGCAGCCUCUCUUCUGUCCACAGCCCAGAGACCAUGGAGCCGCUGAGCGCAGCCAACACCCAAUUCGCGCUGGACCUGUUCGGCGCCCUGAGCCAGGACGACCCCGCCGCCAACGUCUUCUUCUCCCCCUUGAGCGUCUCCUCGGCGCUGGCCAUGGUCUUCCUGGGCACGCGGGGCAGCACCGAGGCGCAGCUGGCCAAGACCCUUCAUUUCGACAUGGUGGAGGAGAUUCAUUCAAGAUUCCAGAGCCUGAACGCCGAUAUCAACAAACGUGGCGCUUCCUACAUUCUGAAACUCGCCAAUAGGCUGUAUGGAGAGAAAACCUACAACUUCCUCCCCGAGUUCUUAACUUCGACUCAAAAAAUGUACAAUGCUGAACUGGCCAGUGUGGACUUCCAGCGUGCAGCUGAAGAUGCAAGGAAGGAGAUCAAUGCGUGGGUCAAAGGGCAGACAGAAGGGAAAAUUCCGGAACUGUUGAUUGAAGGGAUGGUUGACAGCAUGACCAAGCUGGUGCUGGUGAAUGCCAUCUACUUCAAAGGGAAGUGGCAGGAGGAAUUCUCAAAGCAGGACACCAGGGAAGUCCCCUUCAGGCUGAAUAAGAAAGACACCAAAAAAGUGGACAUGAUGUAUCAGAAGAACAAGUUCCCCCUGGGCUACAUCAAGGCCCUGAAGUGCCGCGUGCUGGAACUUCCCUACCAGGGCCAGGAGCUCAGCAUGAUCAUCCUGCUGCCCGAUGACAUUGAAGAUGCUUCCACGGGUCUGAAGAAGAUCGAGGAGCAGCUGACUUUGGAGAACCUGACGGAGUGGACCCGGCCCGAGAACAUGCCCAUUGAGGAAGUCUACGUGCACCUGCCCAGGUUCAAGCUGGAGCAGAGCUACAUCCUCAACGAGGCCCUGGAAAACCUGGGGCUGCACGAUCUCUUCGACAGCGGCAGGGCCGACCUAUCGGGUAUGUCGGGGGCCCGGGACCUUUUCGUUUCCAAAGUGGUGCACAAGUCCUUCGUGGAAGUCAACGAGGAGGGCACCGAGGCGGCGGCAGCAACGGCGAUCAUCAACAAGACCUGCUCUCUGGGGCCCGAGGAACACUUUCUCUGUGACCAUCCCUUCAUCUUCCUGAUCUGUCACAAGGCCUCCCGCACCAUCCUGUUCCUGGGCAGAUUCUCCACCCCGUAGAGAUGGGGCUGCAGAGGUCAAGUACCAGCUUGGUUAAGUGUCCUUCUGAAGUGGCAGUUUUCUUGAAUCUUUACCAAUAAAACGA